AUGUUGGCAACAAAACAAAGCACCAGUUCCUGUGCGGCUAUCAUCAAACCCACCGCCAAAUCCACACCGAAUUCAUCGCACCUUUACAUCUCAUUCAUCGCUAUAUUUAUUUCGAUAGUCAUCUCAUCGCUCAUUACACUCGUGGGUCCGUUCACGUCGUCCACCGUCUACUACGGCACCCAAAUGAUACCCCACCCGUCCGACGCCGGGGUCGGCCUACUCAUCAAAAACGACAAUUCCUACGCAAUUGUGUUGGACGGGGGCAGCACCGGCACUCGGGUCCACAUAUUCUCGUUUACGUCUCAAAUAGCGGGCAAAACCCGCAGAAUAUUCUUAGAAAACGAGACGUUUCUGUCGAUAACCCCCGGCCUGUCGUCCUUCGCCGGCAACUCGUCGGACGCGGCCCAUAGUCUACAGCCACUGCUCGGUAAGGCUUUGGCUACCGUUCCCGACCAUAAGGCGCUCGACACGUCCAUAAUACUCAAAGCGACCGCCGGUUUGCGACUCAUUCCCAAACUAUCGGCCGAUAAUAUACUGAAGUCUGUAAGAGAGAAGUUAGAGUCCACUCCCUAUAGAGUGAAUGCAAACUCGGUGUCCAUUCUGGAUGACAGGGAUGAGGGUCUGUACGCCUGGUAUACCGUCAACUUCCUGCUGUCCAAACUCCAUGACAUUAAGACGUCGAUCGUAACCCUGGAUCUCGGCGGCGGUUCCACUCAAAUCACGUUCGCCACCAAUAAUACCGAAACUCUGGUGCGCUCACCGGCCGGUUAUAUUGUGAAAGAAGACAUCGAGGGAGAGCCCGAAUACAUAUACACCCACUCCUACCUGGGGUNGAUUCAAGAAAUUGUGCGCUCACCGGCCGGUUAUAUUGUGAAAGAAGACAUCGAGGGAGAGCCCGAAUACAUAUACACCCACUCCUACCUGGGGUUCGGCCUAAUGUCGGCCCGAAAACGGAUUCUACUAAACAGUGAAGACGUGAAAGUGAUCUCUGAUACUGAGGUGCGGAUCAGUAGCCCGUGUUUUGCCACAACAGUCAAUAGGACAGAGAAAUGGGUGUUCGAGUCCGUCACCUAUGAGAUAGUGGCCGAUGAGGAGGACGUCCUAUCGGGCGAUGCCUUUGAUAAAUGCUAUAAAAUAGCCCAACAGUUGGUCGCCAACGCCAUCCAUAAGCCGGAGGAGCUGAAGGAGCGGGAAGUGUUUGGUUUGAGUUACUAUUUCGAUCGCAUGCUAGACGUGCGGAUCAUUAAGGAUAAGCAGGGAGUCAUAAAAGUGAGAGACUAUUACCUGAUCGCCGAAAACGUAUGUAAAUCAGUGAUAAAAAUGCGAAAACAGUCGCCGUUCCUGUGCCUCGACUUGGCGUAUAUCACGGCUUUCCUUCACGAGGGUCUGGGCCUCGACUGGCAAAAGGAUAUAACGCUCGUAAAGAAGAUUAAUGGCAUCGAAACGAGUUGGGCGUUGGGGGCGGCCAUCAAUUUGCUUAAUGUCGGGACACAAACCUAACCGCCCGGUUAGGGGGUUAGACGUCUAGACUUAAUGACCACUUUUUGUGUAAUACAAAAGAAUUAAUUUUUCAAAAAUUAAUUUCGUGUAUAAAAUGAUGAGAUUGUGUUCGCAUAUAAAAGUCAUAUCAUAAGUGCCUAAAACUCUGUAUAAUAAAC